AUGGCACCACCGCGACAGAGCAAUGUCCGGCGUCGCGAGACGUCAACAGGCGACUUCCACGAGCUUGGGGUGAAGGGACGAAAGACUGGGAUCGAAUUGCCCGACACCGGCGUACGCGACGAACAUGGCAUGCAGCCCAUCGACGGGCUGUUCUCCUCGCCAGAGAAGGAUAAUGGGUCUUCCGGCGACGAUAUGACGCGCGGCGAGCAGGACAUGGAGCUGGACUCGGAAUCCGGCCCCGGACCUGCCUCCAUCAUGAAGAACCACCCUCGGCUCGUACCCCGAGGAACCUCCCCGCGCAAGACCAACCUUGGAUCGCCUGCGAUGCGGCACCCCAGCUUCGGCCCUUCAUCAUCACCCACCCGCCUGUCGCCUCACCGAGGAUCACCUCCGCUUUCGCAGUCCAACCGUGGUGGUUCAGUAUCCCGCCGACUCGAUUACGGUGGUCCUGAUAGGAACGGCACCGGACUCAGCGGCAGACGCCCGAACGGGAUAAAUGGCCGCGCACUCUCGACGGAGGACGAGGAAGACGAGGAGGCCGUGCUGCAGGCCCAGAACGGGUCGCCUCUAGAGAACGGCGACGAAGAGUCAAUGCAGAUGGUCGGGAUGGAUGGCGGCGACGAACCCGAACCCGGGUCAGGGAUGGAAGCAUCAGACCCUCAACAGGAUGACGCGGAGGAGUCAGAAGCAGAGGCACCAAAGCAACCUACCAAGCGCAGAGGUCGGCCGCCCAGGGCCAAGGCGCCGGUGGAGGAAGAGGUCGAGGAGGCGCCUGCAGAUUCCGGCCACGAAUCGGAGGAGCAAGCACCCGUCAAAAGGAGGGGCCGCCCGCCCAAGGGUAAGGCCAAGGCGGACGAACCGGAGGAGCCUGAGCCUGAGGCGGGCGCCCCCAAGCGUAGACGUUCACGGAAUUCCAACGCAGAUGAGGCCGAGCGGGAAGCAGGUGACGACCACUCCUCCAAAAGGCAACGUACGGAGCCCAAGAAGCCGACGGCUGGGAAGCGCGGACGCCCCAAGGCCGCUCCCCAGGAGAAAGAGGGCGAGUCGUCCAGGACCGCCACAGCCGACUCGAAACCCAAAGCUGGCCCCAAGGGCAAGCCCGGCCGCAAACCGAAAGCUGCCGUUGGCGACGACUCGAUCCUUGGCGUCGUGCAAAAGGGACCGCCCAUGCCCAAGGCGCGCGGCUUGGUCUCGCAAAAACGACAACAGGACCCCCACGCGAUCACCCAAACGAGGUCCGGCCGCCAGUCGUACCGACCACUCGCCUUCUGGAAGAAUGAGCACGUUACCUACGAUGAGGACGAGGCCUUUGAGGACGGCAAGAAGGGUGGCAGGUUUCUGCUGCCGAGCGUCAAGGAGGUCGUCCGCGUCGAGGAAGAAGAGCGGGAGGCGCGGAAGAACAAAAGGUCAAAGAGCCGCAAACCCGCCGCCAAGGGCGGACGGCGGCAGGCCGACUCCGACGAGGAGGAGGAGCCUCCCGAGCCGUGGGAGCAGGAUCCCGGCAGCAUCGAGGGCGAGAUUGUCGUCUGGCAGCCCGAGCACGAGUUCAACCCGCCUGCCAUUAAUGAGCAGGUCGAGAUUGACGAGGACCGCAUCGCUGUGGCGGCGGGCGCUAUUCAAACGCGCGAUAUCCGGGAUGCGACGUUCCGCUUUGCCAAGACGCUCAGCCUGCCCUUCUUCGGUUCUGGCGUUGUCGACCUCCCGCCGGGGGCGGAGAAGCGGCCCAAGAACUCGCGCAAGAUGCAGAUGGUGUUUUUCGUAUUCCAGGGCAAAGUCCUGGUCACGGUUCAUGAGACCCAGUUCAGGAUCGGCGCCGGUGGAAUGUGGUUCGUGCCGAGAGGCAACUACUACAGCAUCCAUAACGACUAUGAGACACCCGCGCGCAUCUUCUUCGCCCAGGGAUGCGAGGUCAGCAACGGUCUGGCGCAAGGGGUGGGCGGUUCUCAGGACACAACCAUUAUGGGUUGA